AUGUUCUAUGUCAAUAAUGCAGCUGACAAAAGGUCCAUGGACGAUGUAUGGUAUUUGGACAGUGGUUGUAGUAACCAUAUGACUGGCAGAGAAGAUGUUUUGACUGAUAUUGAUAGGAGUAUAACGGCAAAGGUUGCAAUGGGGAUAGGACAGUUGGUCAAUGUUAUUGGAAAAGGAAGCUUGAUGGUUGAAACUAAGAUGAGAAAAAGAUAUAUUAAGGAGGUGCUGUUAGUAUCUGGUCUCAAGGAAAACCUACUCAGUGUUGGACAGAUGAUAGAGCAUGAAUAUUUCUUGUUUUUUGGAGAUAACAAGGCAGAAAUUUAUGAUGAUUGCUCACUUUCUAAUCUGGUGACCAGGGUGCAAAUGAAGGGAAAUAAAAGUUUUCCUUUGAAACUUCAAACUGAUUUACAUUUUGCAUUAAAAGCAAGUAUAAGUCAAUCAACAUUGAUUUGGCAUAGGAGAAUGGGACACUUAAAUUUCCAAAGCCUGAAAUUACUGCAGAAUGAGGAUAUGGUACUUGGUCUGCCAAAAAUUAAGAACACAAGUGAAGUGGGUGAAGGGUGUACCUUUGGAAAACAUUGCAAGAAGUCUUUUCCAAAAGAGGCAACAAGCAGGGCCACAACUCCAUUGGAAUUGAUCUAUUUCUUGAGAUACAAAUCUGAGGUGUUCAAUGUGUUUAAGAAGUUUAAAGCUACUGUUGAAUUGCAAAGUGCAUAUAAGCUUAAGAAAUUGAGAAGUGACAAAGGAGGAGAGUAUACCUCUAAUGAAUUUAACAGAUUCUGUGAUGAAAUAAGGAUGGAAAGGCAGCUUACAGUGGCAUAUUCACCACAGCAGAACGGUGUGGCUGAGAGAAAGAACAGAACCAUAGUGGAGAUGGCUAAGAGUAUGAUGUUUGAGAAGAGUAUACCACUUGAGUUUUGGGCAAAAGCUGUCAAUACUGUAGUGUACAUUCUAAACAUAUGCCCAACUAAAGCCUUGGUCAAGAAAACGCCAUUUGAAGCCUAUAGUGGAAGAAAACCAGGAAUUAAACACUUAAGAGUGUUUGGUUCUCUAUGUUAUGCACAUGUCCCAAACCAACAGAGGCAGAAACUAGACUUGGCAAGCAAAAGGUGUGUGUUUCUAGGAUAUGCCAGUUGUGAGAAGGGGUAUAGACUGUACAAUCUUGUCACUGGAAAGGUGAUUAUCUCAAGAGAUGUGGUAUUCAAUGAAGAUGCUAGUUGGGAUUGGAAUGCACAGCAAGAAUGCAGUGUUUCAGUUCCACUUACUGAAAUGGUGUCUGAAAAGGAGGAAGAGAUCAAUGAUACAACUGUGAUGCAAGCUGAAAGCUCAGUUGCAAAUGAUGUAUUAUUAGAAGACAGUGAAGAAGAAUUUGCAGGAAUUCACACAGGUGCACAAGAUAUUGAUCACACCCCAUUGAAAUACAAAAGUCUUACAGAGAUAUAUGAGAGAUGCAGUAUAUGUAUUAUUGAACCAGAAACUUUUGAAGAAGCUAUCAAAGAUGCAUCAUGGAAAAAGGCCAUGGAAACUGAACUUGAGAUGAUUAAGAAGAAUGAUACUUGGGAAUUGUUAAAAGGGCCGUCUGAAAAGCCUGUAGUUGGAGUCAAAUGGAUCUAUAAAGUCAAGCUAAAUCUUGAUGGAUCAAUUCAGAAAAACAAAGCAAGACUAGUAGCUAAAGGCCACACUCAAAAGCCUGGAAUAGACUUCAACGAGACAUUUGCACCAGUUGCUCGACUUGAUAUAGUUGCUCAGAAAAGGUGGAAGUUGUUCCAGUUAGAUGUGAAGUCGGCAUUCUUAAAUGGAGUGGUACAUGAGGAAGUAUAUGUGGACCAACCUCCAUGA